AUGGGCACCACAGAGGCAACUCUACGAAUGGAGAACUUAGAGGUGAAAGACGAGUGGCAGGAUGAAGACUUCCCCAGACCACUACCAGAGUACGGAGACAUGGAUCCCUCUUGUGGUCUCACAGACGACAGAGCCUCUCCCCCUAACUCCCUGAAUGUGAGCCCACCUGGAGGAGGAGGAGGCGGCAUGUCCUCGUCCCACCGCAAACGGCGUACGUUGGUUGCCCCGGAGAUGAACCUCUCACUGGACCAAAGCGAGGGCUCUCUGCUGUCAGAUGACUUCCUGGACACGCCGGAUGACCUGGACAUCAACGUUGAUGACAUUGAUACGCCUGACGAGACGGACUCGCUGGAGUUCAUCACCAAUGGCAACGAGCUGGAGUGGGAAGAUGACGCGCCGGUGGCCUCGGCCAAAGCAGGUCCCGCUGGCGGUUCAGGGGACAUGGAUGAGGAGGGGAAUGUCAACAACGGACGCCUCUGGAGGACGGUGGUCAUCGGAGAACAGGAGCAUCGUAUUGACAUGCAGGUCAUCAGGCCCUACCUCCGGGUCAUCACACAUGGAGGUUAUUAUGGCGAGGGACUUAACGCCAUCAUUGUUUUCUCUGCCUGUUACCUGCCUGACAGCAGCUGUGCAGACUACCACUACAUCAUGGAGAACCUCUUCCUGUAUGUGGUGAGCAGUCUGGAGAUGCUCGUGGCUGAAGAUUACCUGAUCAUCUACAUGAACGGAGCCACUCCACGGAAUAAAAUGCCUGGGAUCAGUUGGCUCAAGAAAUGUUACCAAAUGAUCGACAGAAGAUUGAGGAAGAACCUGAAGUCUCUGGUCAUCGCUCAUCCCACGUGGUUCAUACGCACCGUCCUGGCUAUAUCCAGGCCCUUUAUCAGUGUGAAGUUCAUGAAUAAGAUCCAGUAUGUCCACAGCCUGGAUGAACUGGCAGAGAUCGUCCCCAUGGAGCACGUCCAUGUACCAGAGUGUGUGGUGCAAUUUGACGAGGAGAGGAUUAAAGCAAGGAGGGAAAGGUAA